UUAUCGGUCAACACACCCUUCCCAAAAUGGCACUGUCAAAAAAAAGAAAAGUGGACACGGAGUGCAGGGUUUUCCAGGAAAAAUGGACUGAGAAUUAUUUAUUCACAGAAGUGAAGACAAAACCAGUGUGCUUGGUUUGUAAUCAGCAAGUUGCAGUGUUCAAAGAAUUUAAUAUUCGGCGCCACUACGAGACUCAUCAUAAAGACAAGUAUGACCACUUGAAAGGACAAAUAAGAAAAGACGAGAUAAACAAAUUGGUCGCUGGUCUGAAGAAACAGCAGUCUGCUUUUACGCGCAGCCGCGAUAUCGCUGAUGGGGCUGUAAGAGCCAGCUACAUUAUUGCCAACGAGCUGGUGCAGGCAUCCAAGCCAUUUGCUGAUGGGGAGUUUGUAAAAACUUGCAUGCUGAAGGCUGCAGAAGUCGUGUGCCCUGAAAAGAGACCUGCCUUUGCCAAUAUUAGUCUAACGAGGAACACUGUCGCAGAUCGGGUGACAGAACUCUCAAGUGACUUGAGCAGCCAAUUGAAAGAGAAAAUCAAAUCAUUUAUCGCAUUUUCAAUUGCAAUAGAUGAGAGCACCGAUGUCACAGAUAUUGCUCAACUGGCCAUAUUCAUUAGAGGUGUUGAUGAAACUUUGACCAUCACCGAGGAGCUGCUUGAAUUGGUGCCCAUUAAUGACACCACAACAGCAGAGGACAUUUUCAGCGCUCUCGUUGGAGCGCUGGACAAGGUGGAGGCGGACUGGUCCCGUGCUGUGAGCCUGGCGACCGACGGUGCGCCAUCAAUGGUGGGGAGAAAGGCAGGCGUUGCCACAAAAGUCCGUGACAAAGUACAGACCGCAAAUGGAGGACAGGAGUUUUGGGCAUUUCACUGUAUUUUGCACCAGGAGGCGUUAUGUUGCAAAACACUGCAAAUGGACCAUGUUAUGAGCGUGGUUGUGAAAACUGUCAAUUUCAUCAGAGCUCGCGGUCUAAAUCACCGCCAGUUUGACUCAUUUCUCAGUGAUCAUGACAUUCGUGCUGGCCUACCAUACCACACUGACGUGCGCUGGUUAAGCAGAGGUGCAGUACUCAAGCGCUUCUUUGAGCUACGAGGCGAAAUUGUGGGAGACGCAGCUAUCCAGCGGUGACACCACGCACUUCUCAUGUCUCACAGCUGUGCGUCCGAAGGCACCGGAUCGUCCCGAUUUGGAUAAAUAUAAAGACAACAUAACAGAUUUGCUGCGAGAGUUUGAGCGGAGGUUUCAGGUUUUCAGUGAACUUGAGAACAAGUUCGGCUUUUUUCGCUCGCCAUUUACAGUGAAGCCUUCUGAUGUGCCAGCGGACAUUCAGCUCGAGCUUAUUGACUUGCAGUGCGAUUCCGCUAUGAAGGAUAAAUUUGGGUCCGUGGGAUUGGAUACGUUUUAUCAGUAUCUUGUGCCAGGUUACCCCAAAUUAACAGCCAUGACUGCAAAGGUUCUCUCCAUGUUUGGGACUACUUAUCUUUGUGAACAGGUGUUCUCCGUGAUGAACAAUAAUAAAACAAAGCAGCGCUCAAGGUUGACAAAUGAACACUUGAAUGACAUUGUUAAAUGUGCUGCUACUCAGGAUUUGACACCUGAUAUCGACGCACUUGUAAAGGCAAAAAGAUGCCAAGUUUCAGGAGCCAGCAGCAGCAAGUAGACUGCAGGAGUGCAGUGAGAGAGAGAAAAAAGUGUGAUGACACGACAUUUGUUUGCACUCAUGAAUACA